CAUUUGAAAUAGCUAUGAUAACUUGAACACCCGUGAUGUCUUGCAAGAUGCUCGCUUCUUCUUAUUACAGCCAAGGCUAUGUUGAAUUUAUAACGAUAUCAUGACUGCCAACUACUCCCUCACGACGACAAAGCUUGCAAUGGAAGUUGAAUUGCACUUGCAUCAAGAUGGUCAUGUGACGCGCCGAUCGAGCAACGACUUAGUUGAACUCUCUGGCAAGACAAUAACAGUGCAGUCCAUAAAUGAUAGUGGAUUGCGAUUGGACUAUGAUCCCGUUGACCAGAGUGGCCCCAAACUGCCCACAUGCCACAGUUAUGUCGUGCCCGUAUAUCGUCAGGACCAGAGGCGGGAAUGUUGCCUCUUUCGGCCCCCAAAUGAAUGGGUCAGGUCGGUUCUGUCCUCGACGGUGACCAUGCUGUAGAUCGCCAAACGCAGGUCCCCAGGGCCGGGUCUGUACCACCAAUGCCGCGGGCAGAGGAUGUGGAUGGGUUUGUGAGGGUUGGGUCCGUCCCUGGCAGACCUUGGUGGAGGGGUGUCUCUCCUGGGGUGUGUGGGCGUG